CCCGUCACGUGACCCGGUUGUCAGACAGUCAGUCGGUCCGGCGACGCUGAGAGACUUCUGGACAAGAGCGACAUUAACACCGCGCAGGUCGCUUCUCCUCCACGUACCCGGGGCUGAAACGUGUGUCCAGGGGAUUCUCAUCUCCACAAGCGGCGCUUUAACCGUCUCGAUAAACCCGCUUGACUCGUCGUCGUCGUCGUCCCCGCUUCGCUGUUGUUGUGACGCUAGCGUUAGCCUAGCCGGCUAGCAAAACACCCCCUCAGCCGAGCUAACCGGGGGCCGCGUCGCCGCCUUGUCCGCCUGCCUGUGUGCCGGUGUGUCCCGUCCGUCGUCGUCGUCGAUUCCGUCCCGACCCGCGGUGAAGCAUCCCGGAGGACCAUGACGCACAUCGGCGGCGUCCACUCGUGGAGGCUGGCGGCGACGUUACAGUUGAUUUUAGCUGCUGCUCUGCACCAGGGUUUUGCUUCUGAUGCCCCGGCCACAGUUGCACCGACCACAGUUGCCCCGACCAGUCCUGCACCGCACAAAGACCCCAUCAACCCCGACAAAGGAAACUAUGUGGUCACCGGCAGAAAUGGCACCGACUGUCUGCUGGCAUCCAUGGGCCUCCAGCUCAACAUCACCUACACCUCUUUGUCCCAGAAUAAGACUGUGCAAGACGUUGUGAACAUUCAGCCCAACAUGACAAAGAGCUCUGGGUCAUGUUUCUCAGACAGCGCCUCCCUGAGGCUCACGACGGAUGCGCAGAAGACCAACCUCACCUUUUCCUUCACCCUGAAUACUACAUCCAAUAAGUACCAUCUGAGUGAAGUGCUUCUGUCGGCGGCCUGGCCAGACAUGAAGGACGCUGUCUUUGCCAAGAACACCAGUCUGGAUUACCUGCGGGGAACGCUGGGCUUCUCGUACAUGUGCCGAGAGAAGCAAACCCUGGAUGUGGUUCCCUAUUUGUCCAUCAACAUCUUCCAGGUGCAGGUGCAGCCUUUCGGUGUGACCGAAAGUCAGUUUGGAGCAGCUGAGGAAUGCCAGUUGGAUGAAGACGACAUGUUGAUCCCCAUCAUAGUAGGAGCAGCGUUAGCAGGUCUGGUCCUGAUUGUGCUCUUGGCUUACCUCAUUGGGAGGAAGAGGAGCCACGCUGGCUACCAAACGAUCUGAGGUGGCUCCACACUCUCGUGUUCCCCUGGGGGGCUGGAGUGUGAUGAUCUCACCCAUGAUAUUAACCACUGUUUUAUGAGACUUAACAAUCUGCCUUGUGCCCCUCCGCCAUUCAUCUUUCUGUUUGCUGUUCUUUGCCCUUAUCAGUAACACCAGUCAUCAUCACUUUGUGAGAUUGAUUUGUGCUUUCUGAACUGACUCAACUCUUUCAUUAAAAAAAAGGGACUUUGUUUGGAGAUGAUAGCGACAAGAGAAAAAGUCUUUACUGGUGCCACGUGAAGCGGAGGAUGUUGAUCAAAGGGCACGCAAGAGUCCUCGAGAUGUGUUGUACUAUUUAUGAUUUCUGUGAAAGGAAUUUUUGCAGGAUUGUGGGAUUUGAGGAAAUUGUUACCGCAGCUUUUUCUUAUCAGAGUUAGGGGUGACCAUUUUUAAUGGUCUCGCCCCAAUGAGGUUUGUUAUUAUAAAGGGAACAUUUCUGCCUGUUUAAUUAAUCUACUGAAGAUGGUACAGAUCUGACAUUUUUUUAUUGAAACUCUACAUUUAGCCCAAGUAUGCAGAUUUUAAGGAGCACACACUAUAAAACACAGUUUAAAAGUAGUUUCCUUAUAUUUAGGAAAUCAUUUUGUCUUUCAUUCUUAUAGGUACUCAACACAUUUUGUAUGAAAAUGCAGCUGUAGGGUUUAAGGCAUUUUUUAGCUUUAUUUUCAGUUCACUUUAAGGAGUAGUGUGACAUUUUGGGAAAUAGGCUCAUUUAGUUUCUUGCUAAGAAUCAGAUGAAAAGAUCGAUAUCCCUCUAAUGUCCACUAAAUUUCAAGCUACAGCAAAGAAGAAGGUUAGCUUAGCUUAGCAUAAAGACUUGAAACAAGCCGAAACGGCUUGCCUGGCGCUGAGAAGAUUACCCUUUGGACCCCACUGUGUCACAUGUUGAUAAGUGAGUUUUUAAGGUGCUAAGCCAAGUUUCUUUCUCCCCUUACUUCCAGUGUUCAUGCCAAUCUUAUCUAACAGUCUUUAGGCUGCAGCAUCAUAUUCAAUGCACAGAAAUGGCUUUGAUGUUCUCAUCUUACUCUGCACAAAAUCAAAUACGUUGUACUUUCCAAAGUGACAAUAGUCUCUGUUUUGGACUCUGCUGUUAACACAAUAGACGCGCCGGGAUUUGCUUUAACAAUCUAUAUAUUUAAAAAAAAAAAAGUACUGUUGGCUUAGUGCAUGAAAAAGCUCAGGACGUCAUUGUAAGGAUAUAACACUGUUGCUUCGGUCAAAGUCCACUGGGUGGUUUAGUUUAUUUGUCUGUUUCUGUUUUCGGGCCCAUUUGGGAUUUUGGUUACUGAAGGGAAAUAAGUUGCACUAAAGCCCUGAACACCAGUCACAUGGUUAAAAUGGCCACAAUGCUCUGGUCAGUGUUUAUCAGUGCCUUCCCAGCUGUGACAUGGGCGGGUUCAAAAGUAAAGCCAAUACUCACAGAGGUACUCGCUCACUCAUUGGUACCGUGUGCUGCCAUGUUUGGGACAUUGUCUCACCUUGUACUGUUAUUACCAUUAAUAUGCAUAUUGUUUGCUGUAAUAUGAGAAAGUACUGUUUUUUUUGAUCUGUUUUCUUUUUCUUUUCUCCCUCAUCUAAAUGUUCAUGUAGUAGUGACUUAAUUUAGGUUUUAAUGGAUUUGUUUGAACUGUUUUCUUAAAGAGGUCAAUAAAAGUGAACAAACAUGA